CAGCGACCACGUCGACCUCCGGUGAUACGGGACGAUCGAGCCGAGCUAACCGUCGAUCUUUCGCCGGGAGACGCGAAGACUUCGAGACGUCAUCCAUCGUCGUCGUCGUCGUCGUCGUCGUCGUCGUCGUCGUCGUCGUUGUCGUCGUUACUCGAGCCGACGCGGGCUCCAUCGCAGUUCCCAAGAAUCUGUCGAACCGAUCUGUACCUCUGAGAAUACGUGCUGACGCGUAUUCGAAUUUUGAGGGGGGGGUUGGUUUCUUGCGUACCGUCGGGAUGAAUCAGUGUUUCGUUGAACGUUUCGCAGGACGAACGACUCGACGUUUGGCAAAAUCAGUGCGAAAAGUUUGGUAAUACUUGGAAUAGUAUCACGACGAUUGGACACUGUGCGUGAGUGAAAUUGGACCAAGAGUGAAAUUGGUUGUAACGGUCUUGUAACUAGUAUAUUGCCUUUUAUAUAACGAGGAAUGUUCGUUGAUACACCAUGAAUGGGACAACGCCGGUCACUACUUCGGAGGAACACCAGCAUCAGCAUCAACAACCGCAGAAUGAACCACCCCCGGAGCAUCCGAGAAGUCCUACCAGCCCUUUGAGCAUUCGACACGACUCGGGCGAGAGCAGCGUCAUCUCACCAGGAUUGCCAGAGCGGUACAGUCCUUUGGGAGCGACAGGCUCGACCUCGAGUCAUGAUCCCUAUGCCUCGAGGUCUGUCCAAGAAUGUCCGGUUCCACUUUGCAGAGGAAUACCUACGGAUUUCCCACUCGCGAGAUCACCGUAUUUAACCGCUUUGGGCAACGGACAUCCUCAUUUGUUAGGACAAGUUCAGCAGCAGCAACAGCAGCAGCAGCAGCAACAACAACAACAACAGCAACAGCAACAGCAGCAACUGCAACCGCAACAUGGCAGCAAACCACCGCGCAGUCUCGGCUUGAUAUGCGUGGUCUGCGGGGACACCAGCUCCGGGAAACAUUACGGAAUUCUCGCCUGCAACGGAUGUAGCGGUUUCUUCAAAAGAAGCGUCAGACGGAAGCUGAUAUACAGAUGUCAAGCCGGUACCGGAAGAUGUGUCGUGGACAAAGCUCACCGAAAUCAGUGUCAGGCGUGCCGUUUGAAGAAAUGCAUGCAGAUGGGAAUGAAUAAGGACGAACAUGUCUCUUCCACUUCAUGGAUGCUGUAUGCGGUACAGAAUGAACGGCAACCGAGAAACACUGCCACCAUUAGACCAGAGGCUCUCGUCGAGAUGGACCAGGAACGCGCGCUUCGUGAGGCAGCAGUCGCCGUCGGUGUAUUUGGACCACCUGUGUCUCUAGCCAUGGCGAGAUACACGACACCAUUGCCUUUACCCACCGUUGCGCCGACGACAAAUUCGACGAAUCCUCCAACGCCACCGCGGCAAGAUAACGAAGACGGGAACGCAUCCGAGGAUAGUAUAGACGUGACAAACGAGGAGCCACUGACACCCCAAAGGAGCGGUUGCACGCAAAUUCCACCUGUGAUUCCCUCGUUGUACUCGCCUGCUAGCGCCGAAACGGUCUACGAAACCAGUGCUAGGUUGCUCUUCAUGGCUGUAAAGUGGGCCAAGAAUCUUCCGUCUUUCGCGAGUUUGCCUUUCAGGGAUCAGGUGAUACUUUUAGAAGAGGCCUGGUCGGAACUUUUCCUUCUGAACGCGGUCCAGUGGUGCCUUCCACUCGAAUCGUCGCCUCUUUUCAACUCCGCCGAACUGACUGCCUUGACUCUGUCGCCGCAUCCGCACCCCCAUCCAGGAAUUCAUAUGCAAACCACGACAGGCAAGCCGAGUCAGGUGGCAGCAGAUGUGAGGCAUUUGCACGACACCUUGCAGAGAUAUAAGGCUGUCAUGGUUGAUCCUGCUGAAUUUGCCUGCAUGAAGGCCAUUGUACUAUUUCGACCAGAGACCCGCGGCUUGAAGGACUCCAGUCAGAUAGAGAACCUGCAGGACCAAGCACAGGUGAUGUUAGGUCAGCACGCCAGAGCGCAACAACCAGGAAGCCCGGCGAGAUUCGGCAGAUUAUUGCUGUUACUACCGUUGCUGAGGACAGUGCCGGCGUCGAGGGUGGAACUGAUAUACUUUCACAGAACGAUCGGCAAUACACCGAUGGAGAAAGUCUUGUGCGACAUGUAUAAAAAUUAAGAACAGUUCUUCGCCGAUAUUCCGCUUGGAAUUAUCGGGAUCGGAUUUAUCGUUUAACAAGUAACCUUUCGAGUAACCGAGAUUCUUGUUCAGUGCCACGUUGAAAUCUCUGCGAGACAAAGCGAAAUUCCAUGAACCUCGUGCUACUGGGAGUCACUUUUUGCGAAACGUUCGAUUCUGUCGCGUAUUUCGUUUAAACGAGACCGCUGUCGAACGUCGAACGAUAGAAUAAACAUUGAGAGUGUCGUGAAUUUGAUCGAAAUUUCUUUUUCUAGUAACGUCUCUUCAGGUGCAGUGUACGGAGCACGAAAGACCUUUCGUCGCGAGAGUACGCGAACUUAGAAUGCAGAUUAGCGUAAAUUUGAAGGAGGAAAGAAAAAAACGAAAGAGAAAAAGGAAAAGAGACUAGGAAACAAAAAUAAGCAAUUGAAUCGACCAAGUAGUCGAGAACGAUCGAUCGAAGAUAAUUACAUCGUUUUACAUUGUGUGUAAAAGCUUUGGCCUAAGGACGAAGCCCCAAGUAAAUGACCCUUCAACUGAAUUCUCCUCCUCGUCUAGUGAUUUCAUUUUUUUUUUUUUCCACUAGAUCGGGAUCGAGGUAACGACGGAGCCUUGGUGAAAGGUAACGAAUCGAACGAGUACAGUAUUUAGUUCAAUGGUUCAACGGUAUCUAAGUGAAACGAGGGAUACUCAUCAGUUCCGACGUAAAGAUAUAGAUAUAUAUAUACAUAUUUAUUUAUUAUAAAAAUGUUUAUCGAACAUUAGGUUCGACGUGUUGACCAAGUCAUUUCAAUCAUUCGGUUUCUGCGCGAACGAUUUUCUACACGAACGAAAAAUUCCCACAAUGAAAACGCUGCAGUCGAGAAUUUUCAUUUACGAUUUCACUCGUGAUUUUGUUGAGACACGUACUAAUUUAGGUUCUCCGAGAUUAUGUAAGAUAAGGUUUCGAAUAUACGAGUAACCGAUACGAACUUUCGGACAGCUGUAAAAAUGAUACACGUCUGUGCUUUUCUUGUAUAUUUCGUGUUGUGAUACUAUUUGCUGUAAAAGUCUAGACACUGAGUCACUAUAUUGUAACGAUUACCUAACCACUUGUAAUAAAAGUACACAUGCGUAAGAAGAAGCAUCAGAGACGCCGUAUCAAUCCCUUCCAUCGCCAUUUAUUUAGAGACGAUCGU